AUGGCUCCCACCUGGACGCACUUGGUUAGAUUUGUUGCGGAAGAGGAUGGACAAACACACCUUGGUCAAGUCGACGCUACGAAAUGGCCUGAUGUUGGACUUUCCGUGUUUAACGGGGAGAAGGUUGACGUAAAGCUAGUAACGGGAUCUGUCUUUGAUGGUAUCGUAACCAACAAGACUUUCCAUAUCUCAAAGCUGUUAUCACCCAUUUCGAUGGAAGAGGUCCCAAUCAUUCGCUGCAUCGGACUCAACUAUCGAGAUCACGCGAAAGAAGCAAACCAGCCCAUUCCCGAAGUUCCCAUCCUAUUUGUUAAGCCCCGCACCUCUCUAGGAGGUCCGUACCCGGCAGCAAUCAAUGUUCCCAAGAUUGCACAGGACGGCACUGAGGACUACGAAGCGGAACUGGCGGUCAUUCUUUCGAAAACCGGACGAGAUAUCCCUGAAGAAAAGGCAUUAGAGUACGUGCUCGGUUACACCGCUAGUAACGAUGUUAGUGCUCGAACGCAGCAGCACAACACAUCCCAAUGGUCUUUUGCCAAAGGCCUUGAUGGCGCUGCUCCAAUUGGUCCAGUACUGGUUUCACCGGCUGCGAUACCUGACCCGCACAUCCUUGACAUCAAAGCCAUCUAUAACGGCACGACCGUCCAGGACACAAACACUCGAGAGAUGAUUUUCAGCGUUCCAAAGCUCAUCGCUUGGCUCUCCCAAGGAACGACAUUGGAAAGGGGCACUGUCAUUCAGACAGGGACAGGCCCCGGCAUCGGUCUGUUCCGACAGCCUCUGGUUGUGCUAAAUCACGGCGAUGAUAUAAGAAUCUAUGUCGAGAAGAUUGGUACUCUGGUCAAUAAGGUCUACUAUGAAUAG